GAUGGGUCGUUAUCGGUUUUUGAGAUAACGUAACGUAAGCGUUAUGUGAUUUCCAAUAACUAGUUUCUUAACUAGUGAUUUUUAUAACUAGUUAUUUUCACAACGUUCUGAAGCAAACGUGAUAAUUGUAACGUAAAAUCGUUUGGUUAGCUAUGUGUAAGGUGGUCAAUGUAAAACGUCGUUUUCAUCUUGUCAUUACGAAUAUUGUAAAACCAGUGAUUUUGCGUGAGUAGUGAAAGUAGCCAAACAUCGACGCUAUGCCUUAAACAUAAGAGUGAAUUCGAUUUAACUUUAUGGCGUUGUGAUUAAAAGAGUUAUUGAAGACUGAUGCCUAUUUCGAUCGUUAAAUGGCGUUAUGAAUAUCACUAGUUUUUGUUGUAGUGGAAAACGAGUGAUCACUGUUCGAGCUCGUAACUGCAUAUAUAACCAGUUAUGGUUAAUAACGCCCAUCGCUAUUAUCUUAAUACUUAGUGAAAGUGAAAACCAUGGCGACGUAAUAUUGCGUUAAUAUUAUAAUGAUCUGUGAUUAGACUAUACAUCUCGAAAGUUAGCGCCAAAAUAAAAAAUACUACAAUAUUUACUUCAAAGAGACUACCUAGAUAGGUAGGUAGGUACAUGUUACCAACGGGCCCCAAUAAAAAACCUGAGUCUGUUCAGAGAAGUACGAGUUUAUAUUUAGUUCAACAUAUGACCCAUAAAUAUCGCUUAGCAGUUGCUAUUGCCGUUCUAAAGAAUAAACCAGAAAAUACUACAAUAGAACAAUACAUAGAACAACUACGGGAAAAAAUAAAAGAAAAUGAUGACGACUUCCUUUGUACUAACGACUUCAAUAUCGAUGAUACCGACUUCAAUUUUGGCGAUGAUGACUUCAAUUGUGACGAUACUGAUAUCUUAAUGACUAAUGAAGUGCUAGAAAAUGCUAAAACUAUCGAGAUUGAUAUUCAAAAUGAUGUUGAUAACAAUAGUGUUAACAUUUUAGAAAACUUUGAAGCAAUAGUUAAUACCAUAGAUCCAAAUAGUAUUGAAGUCGAAAAAAGUAAUGCUAUUAAUGCAGUAGAAGGAUUCCAUGGUGCAAAUAUAAGUAGGAGUAAGGAUUAUUUAGAAACUAACUCUAGAAAAGAAAAAAGUCAUACUACAGUUAUUGUAAAUGAGACAGAAAUGACUUCAAAUGGUCAUAAUAUACCCUCAGAGACAGAUUCAGUGAUAGAUAUUCUAAGAACGUUAAGAGACAUUGAAGAUAGUAUGGAAGUAGAGAACGCUACAAUAUUCGACAAUGCAUCUCAGGCGACAUACUUUGAGAGUUCCACAGAAGCAAUUGAUAUUCGCAUUAAUACCAGAACGGAUGACAGCAGUACGUUUUCAGCACACGAAGACUAUGAUAUGCAUACUCUAAAUACAGGAUCAGGUGGUAAAAACACGGCAGAAAAACCUGCAUCUUUCAAUGAAAGAAUCAUAGCUAAAGUCACUAAGAACUUAAACAAAGACGCUGCUUUUAAUUCAAAAACAAAUUCGUCAAUAAAAGAUGUCAAUAAAACCUUUAAUGAAGUUAAUAAUACCAAUACAAAAUCGGCCAAAACUGAACACGUUACAAACAGCAACGCCCAAAGUCUAGAAGAUGACAUUUUAAGAUAUGACAACCGAAAUGCAUCAGAAAGACUGAAUAAUGAUUUAUUUAAAGCUAAAGUAGAUAUAGUCGCUAAAACCAUAAAUAAGGUGAACAGAAAUGACUUUCACAACCUUAAUAAAACUGAUGGAGACAAAGAACGGCUGUUCCAUACAAAUAUAGAUGAAAAUGCACCUAAAGCAACCGAUCAUACAACACAAAAGUUAACACAAGACUCCCAAGAAACAAUAAUAUACACUUUGCAAGGGUUUACUCAAAACCCUGGACAUAUAAGCCAAUCCCAGUGCCCAAAUAUGGACAUACCUGGAAGAUAUUUGUAUGGUAAUAAAAAUAGGGAUAUAACUUUUGUUGAAAAAGAUAAUAAUACUAAUAAAGUAGAAAUAACUAAUCCAAAUGUCAAAGAAUUCACAAAUAUAGAUGCGAUAAUUCAAGAUCGUCAAAUCACAAAAGUCGAUUCGAGUCAAAUCCAAUAUAUAAUUGACAAUACUGGCAAGACCUACGCUGUUUUACAAGAAAUACAACUAAAGAACUCUCAAAUAGGAGAUUUCAAUGACACAAAUGGACACGAAGAAAAAAGAACUAAUCUAGAAGUCUUAAGAACUAACCAAGACCUAGAAGGAACACAAAUAGAUCAUCCAAGAACAAGUAUAGACUACGAAGAACUGGAUAUAGGAAAUACUUUUACAAAUACCGAAUCUCGAAUAGACAAUAUUGAUGUAGAUUCGUCGAACUCUCAACAAGAAAUAGUACCUUUUAAAGUUGUUAAGGAGUUGAGUAAAAUAAAAAGUUACUUGAAUGGGAAGGAGAGGGUGAAUACAGAAGUAUUUUCAUCAGAUUCGGGUUAUAGAAGUGACUCUCAACACAGUUCUUACAAGAGUGCACAUGUAUCAGACAACUGGGUGCACCAAUCAGCGCACUGCUUGUUCAACUACGUGCUACAGUGCCCUUUGGUGGUAGGCACACAAGACAUCGUCAGCGAGAUCUCUCUGGUUUUCGGCAGACUUAUUGACAGAUUGCAUGAAGAGGAGAAGUAUCCACCAUUCAUAGAAGAUCUACUGACGGCACUUGAUAAACUACUGAACGAUUUGUACCAUGGAGGUGGAUGUGACAAUAUUCUUUUAGAAAAAGACGAAAUUAUUCAGCGGAUAUUCUUGCUUAAUAAAUCAUCUCACAUUCUGAAAUAUAGCAUUGAGAAAAUAACACACAUACUAGAAGGCAUACACACACAUCUAACAUCAGAGGAAACAUACGAGCUAACAAACAUACAAGAACUCGAAAAUGCUACAUACAUAUUUUACGUACUAGAAAUUCUGUUACAAAAAUAUAUGAAAUUCAAGUCAAAAAGUAACUCUGAAAGUCAAAUUCUUAGCCAGAAUUCUCAGGAAGGAAAAAUUAUAAAGAAAAGCUCCAUAGCAGAUAUAUGGAGGAAAAAAUGGAAUUCCAAAUUUAAAGAAGUUCCUAUGGAGGGUAGUCAGAAAAUGUGUGUGUUAGUCAAAUGUGGUGAAGUGUUGAAUAGAAUUAUAGUUGGAUGUAUCGAGGGCUACAGUUUAAUAGCAUUUGCUGCUUUGCAAUGUUUUAAUUUGCUUCAAUCUUAAUUAUUCUAAGGUUUAUGUUUUAAAAAUGUUCUCUCGUGUGGGUUGUGAGGUGGAUUACCAACCCCAUCAACCCUGGUGUCAGGGUUACUAUUGAGCCGCCAAAGGCCUGACAUGACUCAUAUAACGACUACUUACUUACAUCUGUAGGUAGUGACCGGGACCAACGGCUUAACGUGCCUUCCGAAGCAUGGAUCAUCUUACUUUCAGACAAUGUAAUGUCCUAACCAAACUAGGGAUCACAAAGUAAUUUUUGUGAUAUGUCCCCCCCGGGAUUCGAGCCCGGAACCUCCGGAUCCUAACGCUCAACCACUUUACCACGGAAGCCGUUAAAAAAAUUGAACCUAGUUAAAGUUGACUAAAAAUUAUCAUAUUUUGAAAUAAUUACUUUAACUUAAACCCGCACCAUAAACAAUCGCCGUUUCUAGAAUGUUCUACUAUAAAAAAUAUACUAUACUAUGUUACUUACUGUACCGUCGAAAGUUUGCCAUUUGUAAUAAUUUUGUAAAUGUUGUA